GACCUCCUUAUAAGUUAAAAUAGUACUUCACAUUCUAAAUCUAAAAGUGCAGCGCUGAUAGUCGCGGCAUUCUACCCCGCCUCAAUACCUCUCUUCUUUUCCCCGCGCUAUAGGAUGUCCUCGAAUUCUGAUACUUUAGUCAAGUGUGCUAUUGAAUGUUAAUACUUGCCAUGUUCGCUCACGAAAGCGGCCAAUGGAAGGAAAAAUCGAGAUCCGGCCCCCAAUUCAGCCCCAAUAAUCCCCCACGUGUGGUGAGACACAUGGCACCCUUUAUACAUCGGUCGGCGAAUGGUGAUUGACCCGGAUCCUACUUCGCCUGAUGGGAUACGACCGAAACGCAGCUGCUUCCGAUGGCUUGAUCCAAUCCCCGCAUGCCAAAAGCUGCCCAACGUGGAAUGAUGCAGUACCCCAUCCCUAACUAUGGUGCACCAUGCUUAACACGUUCAUUCGUCACCAGAGCUUUGCGAGUAAUUAUUUUGGGAUUGGAACGAGGCAGGCUACGGUGAUGGUGGACAACGCUAUGCAUACAUAAUAGAGCUCCUGUGACUCAUCUUUGUUUCCUCGAUAUGUUCUUGGAUUAAGUCAACUCGGACCUUCUCUAUCUCGUCAACUCUGAAAAUGUCUGAUCUGGCGAUGCUAGCGGCAGCUCUCCCCAAGUGUGCGGUAACAUGCUUGAUUAGUGCUAUUGGGGAGUCGACUUGUAUUGCAACGAACCAAACGUGUAUAUGCAGUAAUCAAGAACUUAACGCCAGAGCAACAGGUUGUAUCACCCAGAACUGUACAAUCCGAGAGACCCUCACCACUCAAAACUUGACCUCUACGCUCUGUGGUAUCGCGCCGCGAGUAGAUCAUUCCUAUGUUUCUGUCUUAAUCGCGUUUGUGACUGUCUCCGCUGUGUGCGUGUCGUUGCGUGUCAUUGCGAGGCUGCACACCAGGGUACCCCUCUGGUGGGACGAUUUCGUCGUUGCUCUAUCUUUCCUUGGGAGCGUUGCUUUUGCAGCCAUUGCCUUGGCAGUCAAACCUCGUGGCUUGGGCACCGAUAUCUGGAAUAUCCAGUUUGACGAUAUCACGAUCAUUUUCAAGGCCUUAUAUACUCUCUUCGUUCUUUACAUCACAAGUCGUGACCUCGUUCGUCUAUCGAUUCUUCUCUUCUACUAUCGCAUUUUUGGUCACAUCAAGAUGGCACGCCUACUUAUUCGACUCACCUUUGUGCUAAUCAUUGCAUGCUGCAUCGCUUUUGGUUUCGCUAUCAUAUUUGGCUGUACACCUCUUGACUAUUACUGGACAGGGUGGGAUGGCGAACAUGACGGCCAUUGUAUCAGUACAAACGGUAUCUUUUGGGCUGGAGCCUUCAUCGUAAUUGCUAUGGACUUCUGGAUCAUACUAAUUCCAUUAUUCUUCAUUGUACGACUGAACCUGCCGUUACGCAAGAGAAUAUUGUCCGGCGUAAUGUUCGCAUUUGGUCUCUUUGUUAUUUUCGUCAGCCUUUUCCGGAUCAAGACCAUCAACCGCUUCACGCUGUCACGAAACCCGACGGUGGACUUUGUUGAGGUUGGCAUAUGGUCCGGUCUUGAAUUAUACGUCGGGAUCAUCUGCGCGUGCUUACCUAACUUCUAUUACCUUCUCACGCACGGUUUCGCAUGGAUAUGUCUUAGGGUUUCGACCUUUGGAGCAACGAAGUCGCAUUCCUGUGAUCCUAGAAGUGGAACUGGCUCUGAUCAGCACUUGCAUAAUAAGAUGUCAGCGUCCGACCAAAUGGUUCAAAUGACGCCCACAGCCGGUGUUAAGGCGCUUUAAUAAGAAAUCGAGGGGCGUCGGUGUUCGGCAUUGUAGGUACUGCACGAAAUUUGUGGCACAAUUGAGAAUAGGUCUUCAAGGUCAGGUAUCAUGUGUGAGUAAUCCGUAUUAUUUGAUAUACACAGAUCAUCCUUCGUUUUACCCUUGGAAGUAAUCUACAUAUAUUUAUUUCAUUGCUGCUUUACUUUAUUCAUCUCAGUUUGAAAAAUCAACACAGGGCGUUAGGGAGUGGCCACCCGAAGCUAUAUCCCAGUCGCUUGUGUAAUUAGCUGUGGUGAUGUAAGUAGAACAAAUGCCAACCCUCCUCAAUUGUGCUGCAAAAUCUAUGGAAAUAUAUGUGUUGUAAUGAAGCAACUACUAAUAAAAUACAUACCAAUUCUACC